AGUCUGUAGCGAUAGCGAGCAAUACUAAUCGGUAAUUGCAUCAGUCAGGCAAGGUUAAUGGUCGUUCGCACAAGAUCGUAGACGAUUCGAUGUCAGUAGACGCUGAAAAGGAGUCCUAUCAUGGAAAGCAGGCUAGCGCUAGCACUGCCGUCAACUGGAAAGUCAUUCUCCUUACAUUCACGAUUAUGUUUGGCUCUGCUCUGACUAUCACCAUGUCUUUUCCAUUUCUUCCAUGGAUGGUGAGAAUAUUCAAGGUAAAUGGGGAAUUUAUAACCGUUGAAGAAACAGGAUAUUACGUUGGUCUUGUUGCUACUGCAUACUUUUUGGGUCGUUUUGCUGGAAGUUAUUUCUGGGGAGUCUUGUCUGACAAGAAGGGGCGCCGUCCAGCUCUAAUCUUGAGUGGUGCUGGAAUCACUCUGUUCACUCUAUUGUUUGGUUUCUCCAACACCGCAACGGGUCUUGGUUGGGCUCUUGUCAUGCGCUUCUUUUCAGGUGCUUCUAAUGGUGCUGUUGGCACAGCUAAAGCAGUUGUAUCUGACGUGUCUGAUGAUUCCAAUCAGUCGAAGCACAUGGUUGUGAUGACCCUUGCAUUCAGUGCUGGAAUGACUGUUGGACCAGCCUUAGGAGGAGCAUUAGCAGAACCAGUUCGUCAGUAUCCUGGUACUUUUGAAGAUGGUGAUGGAACUAUUCGGGAAUUUUUGGAACGCUUUCCAUACUUCCUUCCAUGCUUUGUGAUUGCUAUUCUAUCUGGCACAGCAACACUAAUUGUCUACUGUAAACUGCCAGAGACAAGCCACAAGAAAUCAGUCUACCAAGUCUUAAAAGAUGAAGAUGUAGUAGAUAGUCAUUAUGACAAGGACGGCAAACAAAUAGGAUGUGAUUCUCAACUUCUUUCUGUUCACUACGAUGUGGAAAAGGAGAAUGUUCAGAUAAAUAUUAGAGCUCACAUGCAGAAUGGCUCAGUAGUGAAGGCUGAUGAUAGUGUUCUAGAAGAUGAUGGGCCAGGCAUAUUAAAUGAAAGUUGUAAUUCAUCACUAAUAAGCAAAUCAAGAGAAAAAGAGGAGAAUGAGGACGAUGAAGAUAUUGCCUUGUCAGACUGUUCAAGAGCUAAAGCAGAUAGUAUUGAUGCUAGUCAAGCUAAAGGAGACAGUCUAUUGGUAAUAUCAUCAUCGCCAUCAUCAUCUCUUGGAUUGUGGACACGAGUCAGAAGAGGAAGUGUUAGACUGCAGAGGGCAAGUACCACUGCACUUAAGAAGAGCAAAAUGUGGGCACUACUAAAAUCAUCUGAGGUGAGGAAAGCAGUUUUCCUCUACUGUAUUUUUUCAUUUGCUGUAAUUGGUGGAGAUGAAAUCUAUUCAUUGUGGUUGUCAACAAAGCCAUACAGAGGAGGACUUGGUUUUAGUGAACGAAAUAUUGGAGUGUCGUUAGCUAUACUGUCUACAUUUAUGGCAUUAACACAAGUACUGUUUGUACACAAGUUGGAAAGGAAGUUUGGUUCUUUACGGGUUUUCUAUGCUGGCUGUAUAGUUGUUGUGCUUACUGUAGCUCUAUUUCCAGUCCUUGCAUCAGUCACAAAUCCUAUAGUACUAUGGACUUCACUUAUCAUCCUACAAGUUCCAUACCGAACAUUUGUUGGAGCUUGCUUCGUGAUGACUGCACUAUUUAUCAACAACUCUGUUCCACCCACCAGUGUCGGCUCAGUCAAUGGAUUGGCUGUGGCUGCAACUGCACUCACAAGAGCUGCAAGUCCGUCAAUAUCAGGAUCUAUAUAUGCAUGGUCAAUAGACUCGACUAUUGGCUUUCCGUUUGACGAACACCUAACUUUCUACAUAUUUUGUCUUGUCUUCUUAGCCUCAUUAUGCUCUGCAGUACGAAUACCAGAGCAUAUGAGUAGGAAAAAGAUUUUGUAGAUUAACAUGUUUUACAUCUAUCGGCUCAAUAGUAUGAUGUUUCAUAGUAGUUCUCUUUUCAGAGAAUGGUCAUAGGGAGCAACCACGCAUGCAAAUGAACAUCUGAGGGUCAUGAUGAUACAUAUACUCAUAGACUACAUAAGUGCAGA